CCUUUUUUAGGGGCAGCCUGGCAGGAAAAAAAACGAACGGGCAACAGCAGGCAGUAGGAUAUGGCAGGCGGUACAACAUGGCUGGCGGAUGUGCGAGAUGGUGGGCGGUAAGAUAUGGAGGAGGAAAAAGACGAGGAGGGAAGAAGAAGAAAAAAGGAGGAGGAGGAGGGAAGAAGAAGACGAAAGGAGGAGGGGGAGGAGGAGUAGAGAAGAACGAGGAGGAGGAGGAAGAAGAGGAAGAUCAAGAAAGGAGGAAGAGGAAGAGGAAGAAGAAGAUGAUGAAAAGAGGAGGAGGAGGAGGAGGAGAGAAGAACGAAGGGGGAGGAGGAGGAGAGAAGGACAAGACGAAAGGAGGAGGAGGAGGAGAGAAGAAGAAGAAGAAGAAGACAAGAGGAGGAGGAGAGAAGGACAUGAUGAAAGGAGGAGGAGGAGGAGGAGAGAAGAAGAAGAAGAAGACAAGAGGAGGAGAGAAGGACAUGAUGAAAGGAGGAGGAGGAGGAGGAGGAGGGGGAGAGAAGAAAAAGGAAGACAAGACGAAAGGAGGAGGAAGGGAAGAAGAAGAAGAAGAGGAAGGAGGAGGUGGAGGCGGCUUCACCCCGAUGGCGCUAGCAGCUUCAUGGGCAACGUAUUGUAGUAAGGCCCAUGUUGAACCCGAGUCCCAAGUUGCUUUCUCUACUUGUCUUGGGAGGGAAGCAAAGGAAUGGGUUUUGGCCGAAGCCAAUGCAGUGGGGUUUGAUGAAAUUGGGGAGUGGGCUGCAACUUUGAACCUGAAGCAGUUCCUUGGUAAGAUUAAGGAACGCUUCUUAGACAAAACGAUGGCCGACAAGGCCUUUGACCAGCUCACUGCCAUUGGUCAAAAACAUUGGACCUCGGUAGAAGUUUUGUCUCGGGAAGUUGAUCGGUUGUUGCAGGUUCCCAGAUUGAACCUGCAGGACAACCAAGUCUUAUAUAUCUAUUCCCGUGCUCUCCCUGAGCCCAUUCGAGGACAACUCGUGACAGAGUCAACAUUCGGUAAGUACAAUUACACGCAGUUUCGUGAUCUUGCUCUCCAGAGGGAGCAAAUGACUUUUCAGGUAAAGAACUCGUAUGCAUAUGUUGUGAAGGUUGGUGGUGGUGCAGGAUCAGGCACGCGGAUACUUUGGUGCCAAAAGCGCCAGGACCACACCCUCGUCGUCUUUGAUGACGAUACUGUGGAGAAGUGGCCAUUGGAGGCCGCGGGUGUGGCGAGCAACAGCGAGUCUGGGAAGGGGGAAGUCACUGCUGCCGUGAUCAACAAGGGAGGACCACGGCCGCAGGUAAAGAAGAAGAGACCACGCUCAUUCUCAGAGCAUCCCGGAAUUGUCGGGAGGCCGUGGGAAAAGAUGGGCCUGUCACGAGAAACGUGGCAGGAACGGAUGGACAACGCGCAGUGCCUGAAGUGUGGCACUGCAGGGCAUGUGAUUACAUGUCUUGCGUCAAUGCUGACUUCACGUGUUGACGACGAUGAUGGCUCGACGCUGCGACGCUGGUUGGUACAGUGCCACAUCAGCAGUGCCACGUCAGCAACAGUGCCACGUCAGCAGUGCCACAUCAGCAGUGCCACGUCAGCAGUGCCACAUCAGCAACAGUGCCACGUCAGCAGUACCACGUCAGCAGUACCACGUCAGCAGUGCCACGUCAACAAUGCCACAGUGCCGCGUCAGCAGUGCCUCGCCACCAUGUCUGGCUCAGUUCUGGGCAUGCCAGGCCAACUGGCAAAUGAGUCCAUUGCCGAGUACCGACAGCGGCACGACGACGCGACACCGGAGGAGCAGCACAAGGAAUUCAUGGCCAAGCUCGUGACCAGGUUGGUUUACACUUGUAACCACCUGCAGUCUGAACCGGCGAACCUCCAGCGGGCCGUACGGGACCACAAGGCUCAGCACGAGGAUGCAACACGGGCACUUGAUUCCCGUGUACAAGACUUGGAGAAAACUGCACCAAGACCGGAGGCUGGUGAGUCCAGCAGUGCACCCUCUGCCCGUCAACUGGAGGAACGAGUUGACCGCGUAGUCGCAAUGCUCGGCGACAUCAGUACCUUCGCUGCACCAGCCACCAUUAGCAACCAGCUGGACACCUUGAAGACCGAGGUUCAACAACUGCAGCUGCCUAACAAAGAUGGCAACACCACGCAGCAUUACAAGAUGUCGACAUUCCAAAUCGAGAAGUUCGAUGAUUAUACGCAUCAAGACCCGGUCCUCUGGUGGGAGGGCUUUACGACGCAACUUCGGAUUCUGUUCGUCGCCAAGCACGCGUACAUCGGCGCGUUGUUUCUCAACUCAAAGGGCGGAUGCCAGAUCUGGCUGAGCCACCUGGCAACCGUCCACGGCGUCGACGUCGCAGAUCGGAAAGAUAAGAUCUCUUGGGAAGAGUUAACACGGCUAUGGAAGAAGCGGUUCAUCGUGGACGACGCCCCGACGCUCGCCAUCAACCGCCUCUUCGCUAUGACGCAAGGCAACACAGCAACACGCGACUGGCUCACGGAAUGGCAAAAGAUCGCGGCAACGCCCGAUCUAGAAUUGUCAUUUUCGCAUUUGCGCCAAGAGUUCUACAACCGGUCAUGUGCCGCCUUGAGCCUUGCACUUGGUGAUCGCGAGCAAUACGCAACCUUCGCUGAAAUCAUCGACAAGGCAAGGGAGAUCAUCAAGACCAAUAGGGCAGUUGCACAUGAGAAAUCAGCAUGGCAGCCAACCUAUGUGGAGAAGGUGAGAACUGGUACGCGACCGCAGCAUGUCGCUGCAGUCCAAUCGGACAACAUUGUGGAAGACCCGGCAGCCACCCAAGCGUCACCCAGCACCAUGGGUCAAGUUUCACUUGACCGAGGCGGAAUACAAGUGGCGCGGCCGCUACGGCUGCUGCUAUUGGUGCAACAACAUCAAGCACAAGACCUCCCAAUGCCCGGAUCAAGGCAAGGAGGAUUGUCGGCUUUGGAUCAACUCGGGAAACUGAGUUGCGCGGGAGGUGAGGCGACUCCCCCUCUCACUCCACCAGAUUCGGCCGCCGUGCUAGCGAUCUCCUACACAUUUGGGGAGGAUGCGAAUGUCGCAAGUCCUCGGUUCACUUACGAGGAUUAUGUUGUCCACUUGGUCCCACCGUUGGACCAACCGCUCCACGUGCAACAAUCUACCGCAUGCACGGUUUCACUACCAUCGGCAACCGAUUCGGCAGCUUCGCCGCCAUCUAUCGUCGGGGAUUCGACGUCAUGGUCAAGACUUGAAGAGCUCGACCCGUUGACAUUUGCAGACUUCCAAUGGAUGCCCCUUCCCCGGUCCGGUCGAUUGUCGAAACCGCAUUGCAAUGUGCUCAUGGCACAAUUGCGGGAUUACUUGCACACUGCGAAGAUCGACCGCGAGUUCAAGACACAACGGUACGACGACAUCGACGCACCAUUGUUAUAUGUACGCAUUCAGAUCGGAGAGGCGACCUGCAGCGCUUUGAUCGAUUGCGGAGCAUCUAGCAACUACAUGAGCCAGGACUUUAUGGUACGCGCCGGCUUUGGCCCACGCGUUCGGAGGAAGUCCCAGCCUACGCAAGUCACGUUGGCAGACGGUCACACGCACAAGUCAAUCAACUGGUGCAUAGAUGACGUCCCCGUGUACUUUGCCCCGCAUGCAAGCGAGGCGGUGUCCUUCGAUAACUUGGACACCAAAUUCGACAUGAUCUUGGACAUGUCAUGGCUGCGAAGCGAGGAUCACCCGGUGAACUUCUACCGCCGCACCGUUCACGUUCGUGAUCGGAACGGAGUACUAGUCCCAUGCACGGUGGCUCCUCCUCACCCUUCGAUAAGCUGCCACGUGGUGUCCGCCGCAAGCAUGCGAGCUUCCAUCACCAGAGACGACAUCGAGGAGAUGGGGGUGUGUUUUCUCCACGCCCUCCCGCCCCAUGACGCUUCAUCGACGGACUCAUCUUCGGACCAACGCAUCAGCGAGCUUCUCGAUGCCUACGGCGACGUGUUCGAAAGCCCGCACGGAGUAGUACCGGAUCGGCCCAUCCGCCACAAGAUCAUCCUCGAGGACGGGGCUGUACCUCCGCGCGGUUGCAUCUACCGAAUGAGCGAGGAAGAGUUAAGUGUGCUACGGGCACAACUCGACGACCUUCUGGAGAAAGGCUGGAUUCGGCCUAGCUCAUCGCCAUACGGUGCUCCCGUUCUCUUCGUCCGAAAGAAGAACAAGGAUUUGCGGUUGUGCAUCGAUUAUCGCAAGCUCAACGCGCAAACGAUCGGAAACGCCGGCCCUCUUUCACGCAUCGAGGACCUUCUCGAACAGCUGGGCGGCGCCAAGUUCUUCUCCAAGCUUGACCUCAAGUCGGGAUAUCACCAAUCUGAGAUUCGGCAGGAGGACCGCUACAAGACCGCGUUUAAGACGCGAUAUGGGCAUUUCGAAUGGCUGGUUAUGCCAUUUGUCCUUAUGAAUGCCCUGGCCACUUUCCAAGCGGCUAUGACAACGGAGUUCCGACACAUGCUGGAUCGAUUCGUACUUAUCUACCUCGACGACAUCCCGGUGUACAGCUCGAGUUUGGACAAGCAUGUGGAACACCUGCGCACCGUUUUGGAGCGGCUACGACAAGCCAAGUACAAAGCCAACCAUGACAAAUGCGAAUUCGCGCGGCAGGAGCUGGAGUACUUGGGACAUUAUGUGACGCCGCAAGGCAUCCGUCCGCUUGCGGACAAGAUCGAGGCCCUCCGCGUAUGGCCCGAGCCCACCAACACCACGGACGUUCGUUCAUUCAUGGGGUUGGUGGGCUACUAUCAGCAAUUCAUCACCGGGUACUCAAGGAUUGUUGCACCUAUGACGAGAUUACAAUCACCAAAGGUGCCAUUCAUAUUCGAUGACGACGCACGCCAGUCAUUCCAAGCACUUAAGACGGCCAUGCUCAUGGCACCCGUCCUUAGCAUCUAUGACCGCACCCUGCCUACGAGAGUGACAACUGACGCUUCGGGCUAUGGCAUUGGGGCAGUCUUGGAACAACACGACGGCGAUGACUGGCACCCUGUGGAGUAUUUCAGCCACAAAGUGCCUCCCAUCAAUUCGCUUGAUGAUGCAAGGAAGAAGGAGCUGCUCGCGUUCGUGAUGGCUCUCAAGCGAUGGCGGCACUUCCCCCUUGGGCUUUGUAGGUUCACAUGGGUCACGAACAACAACCCAUUAACCUACUACAAGACGCAGGAUACGGUGAGCAGCACGAUCGGACGAUGGAUGUAUUUCAUUGACCAAUUUGACUUCACACCGAAACAUAUUCCCGGCCUCUCCAAUCGCGCAGCAGAUGCACUCUCGCGAAGACCUGAUCUUUGCGCCAUGACACAUCAUGCCUUCGCAUUCGACGAGGAACUCCAGCGACACUUCAUCCGGGGCUAUGAGUCUGAUCCGGACUUCGCCACGUUGUAUGCACAGCUACAUUCGGAUCACCCGCCGGUCAGCCACUAUCGCAUUGUUGACGGGUACUUGCUCCUCCACUCGAGAGGCAAGGACUUAUUGUGUGUCCCACGAGGCCACCGUCUUCGACUCGCCUUCUCGGGGAGUACCAUGACUCGCGACUCGCCGGCCAUUUCGGAGUCAAUCGCACUAUCGCACGGCUUCGACAACGAUUCUGAUGGCCCGACCUCAUUACCGAUGUCACUCAGUAUUGCGACUCUUGCGAAGUUUGCCGACGAAGCAAGCCCCGCAAUCGCAACCCCUACGGCUAGUUGCGCCCGAUGCCUAUCCCACGGGAACCCGGCCUCUCCAUUGCCAUGGAUGUCACCGGACCAUCUCCCUGCGAUCGCCUCGGGCACGACGGCAUCCUCACGGUUGUGGACCGUUCGAGUAAGUAUGCGCGUUUUCUCCCUUGCAAGUACUACUCCACGGCUCCCGAGCUGGAACGCCUCUUGCACACCGAAUGGAUUUGCGGCCACGGUGUCGGAGCAAACACGCUUACAAGGGUAUUUGCUCAUGAUUUUGCAUUUGAUAGAGUAUCGACGCCGGUCGCCGUGGCGGAGACAGUCUGGAGUAGAAAGAAAGAUAAGAGUUGUCAUGCAUGGUUUGGGGAGUGAGGGACAAUGUCAAUGGUUGAUGGUUGAUGCCGUUAGUGCAUGGGGUGAAAAAAAAGACGGGGCGCGACCACGAAGUCGAAGAGGAAGAACGCCCGGAGCAGCACGAAAGAAGCCACCGCGCGGAGGAAAUGAGGUGGUCGCGCGGGAAAGAGGGAAGUGCACGAACGAGAAGAAUAAGAAGAAGGGAGGAGGAGAAGAAGAAGAAGAAGAAGAAGAAGAAGGAAGGAGGAGAAGAAGAAGAAGAAGAGGACGGAAGAAGAAGAAGGCGAACGAAGAAGAAGACGAGGAAGAAGGAGAAGGAGGAGAGAGGAGGAAGGAGGAGAUGGAGAAUGGGAGCGGGAAGGUAGCAAGGGAGAGAACGACAAAGGGAACUAGGAAGAAGAUUGUUGGCUUGCAAGUCAGCCAACAGACUCAACUCACACCAGAGGAUUAUGAGAUCCUCCAUGCAGAAGAGCUUCAUGAUGAGCUGCGGCGGCAGUUGAGAGAGGCAGCAGAGAGGAGACAGCUUGCUAUCUUGAGAAAAUCUAGACUAGGGAGUAGGAGACAGGAGUUAAGCAAAUUAGAAGCAUCAGAUGAGUCGACACUUGACCCUGCGAUGCAAGCUCUGCGUAACUCGCUUCUAUGCGUAGCGGAAACUCAAGUUGUUCAGCAGGAAGUGCUGGCUGAACUAGUGGCAAGCCAGAAACAAAUUUUGGCUACACUGCAGGCUCCUCGUCCCUUCAUGAGGCAGCCUCGUGGUCUAGUAACAACUGGUGGUCCGCUCCUUAGAGCUUCUACCGUACCAUCCACGACGGUGAUAACUACAGUCCCAUCGUCAGGACAGGCCCAGGUUAGCGUGCAGCAACCUGUCUCAGUGGCCAUGCAGCCACUGCAGCAGUUUCCUGGGCCAAUCCAGCCUCUGCAAUGGAUGCCCAAGAUACCCUUGCUGAGUCCUAAGCCCUUCUCUGGCGACAGGAAGAAGGACGAGGACUUGGAUACCUGGGUGAGGACUGUGCCUACCUAUGUGAGGCACAAGCUCACAAGGCCAGAGCAGGAAGUCAUAGUUGCUGCCUCCUUUUUAGAGGGAUCGACAGCGCGUUGGUUGAACGGGUUAGUGCAGCAACAGGGCUAUGGUAAGAACUUCGAUGCCUGGGCUCAGACCCGGAUGUUGGAAGACUUCGUACGGACCGUGUACAAGAGGUGGCAUGAUCCUCAAGGGGCUCAGAAGGCCACUGGCGCGAUUAACGAUCUUUGUGCCAAAAGGUACAAGAAUGUACGCGAGGUCACAGACGCCGUAGAACGUCUGAUCGCAGUACCUGGUGUGCGUUUUGACCCGCGGGUACUCGCAUAUUACUUGAGAUGUCUGCCCUUAGACGUUAAGACUAAGCUGGUGGAUGAGGUCUACAUUGACCAAUAUAGCUUCGCUACUUUCAACAAGAAAGCCUUAGAUAUAGAGGCUAAGCUGGGAUCCGCAUAUGAAGGCCAAGCAGAUGGUAGGAAGAAGAGACUUCGCCAAGACUGGAGGAAGAAAGGUCAACUCAUGUUUGUCGACCAUGAUGGUCAGGCAACUGGGAUUGACGACUUCACAGACUUAGGGGAUGUGACAGAGCAGGAUGGGGCCAAUGAGGCUUCGGAUGGGGGAGUCGUGGCGCCCAUUAAAGAAAAAGCAAGGGGGAUCGGGAAGCAGAAGGUAGGCCGGUUUACGGGUCAGGGCGACCAAGGAACACCCGCAUGGGUCAAACUUGGUUUAGACUACGAGGUGUGGAAAGACAGAGUUGCUAGGGGCAUGUGCAUGAACUGUGGCAACUAUGGCCACACGUGUAGAACGUGCCGAGGCAAGAAAGUCGCUACGAAGGUAGCCUCUCCAACUGUGACUGAUGAUAAUGUUGUUCUCGCCAGCGGUCUUGACGAGAGCGGCAUCGUCUUCUUCAGAGCAAACAUUGCCGCCAUCAUUAGCGACACAUUUAGAAUUGUCAUCUUCUUCGAAGCAGUCGUUGCCGCCAUCAUUGUUGGCACAUUUAGAACGGUCAUCAUUUUUGUGAUUGUUGGUAUUGUGGUUUUGGUCGUUGACGAUGUAGCCGUUGGCUUCAUUGAAAUUGUUGAUAGCAUUGAAAUUGUUGAUAGCAUAGUCCGCCGGAUGCAGGCGGGAAUAGGGAAAGCGACGAGGGAAGGACUUAGACCCCGCUUAAACUAUGAAUGCAGGAUGGGUUGGAUGGUCGGAUGCUUGAAUGAGUGGUAGACGCCGGGAUGGGGCUUGUGUGAUGACUGAAUGCAAUGGUUCUCUUGAAUGCAAUGCAAGCCCGGAAGGACUAAGGGCAGUCGUGGAUAGGUGAAUGCAAUGUUGGUGGCUCAAGCAAAAAAAAAUAUAGCGGCUAGGGGUCCGGGCGAUGCCACCCCACCCCAAGGAUGUCGUAGGGGCUGCCUUGAGCCACUAGACUUAAUGAAAAGGUGCGUGGCCUGCGCAUGAUAAGAAGACAAACUUUCAAUAAACUCCCUGGACUGCUUGCGUAUUGAAAGGAGCAAUUGCCAAGCCAGACUUAAUCGAAUCAAGAAAACGCCACGAG